CCGUUCAGUUUUAUGCGAUAUUCUACCUGCUCUUCAGUAAAUCGAGCCGACGCAUUUUCUACCUACUUCCUACAGCGUUCCGUAAUUUAAAGCAAAACGGUUUGUUCGACCGCAAAUGCCCUUUUUUCUCAUUAUUUCGAGCAUCAUCAUAUUGCUUGUCAACUGUCACCAGGCGUGCCAGCCGAACAGUUUCGCAUUUUGAAAUUACACCACAGCUUCCAUCAACUGAUGUUUUGACAAAUGGCGGGGAACGGCAGCGUGAUUGUUAGUGAAUGUUCCUGGAAUAGAGCGUUGGGCUUGGAUGAAAACGGAACGGGAUCCAUUGAAACAGCCGACUCCAGUCCCGGUCUUUAUGGAUAUUUCGUGGUUUAUCCUCUUCUUGUACUAUGCGGUACCGCAGGAAGUGUUGUGAUAAUUGCGGCACAGUUGAGAGAUCACACAAGUCGUCUGACUUCGACUUCGGUAUAUAUUGUCUGUGUCGGAUUUGGGGACCUCUGCAUACUGUGGUCCUUGUUCCCUGAUUAUGUCACAGCCAUAGCGGAAAAUCUUGUAAAUGCAGCAAACACUUCUAUCUUGGGCGGUAAUUCCAGUGUCGAUGUACUUGCUGCUUACAGAGGAUUCGGAAGUUUUUGGUACAGAACAGCAAAAGAAGUCGUUGACUGGACAUUUGUCAUAUUUUCCGUUGAGCGAUUGCUGGUCACGGCACGUCCGCUGUCCGCUGCCCUGAGGCAAACGGAUGCCGAUGCAUGGCGGAAAACACUGGCAAAAGAAUGCUGCAUUCUGGUCCUGGCGGUCCUGUUCUCCUUAUCCCAUCUGGUCACCUACUACUACUAUUACACGAACUUCUACGAUUCAACGCUGAGCUAUCAGGAUUCACUAACGCCGUCUCUAAGCCGCUGGUACAACCUGCAAAUCACCGCCCAGACAGGAAUGUCUUUCGCUAAAUGGCUGUUGCUUCUCAUCCUCAACACCGCUCUCAUAAUUGUCCUCUGGAAGCAUCAAACAUCCACCAAUGUUACGGUAACAGUGAACAAGCGCUCGUCUACGCGCAACGCGAACAUCCUUGUAUUGGCCAGUCUGACCGUGUACACACUGACACAGCUGCCGCAUGUCAUCCUGGAAUGCUUGAAAAUGGCCAGUCGGCCGCCAUACUGCAGCUUGUCAUUGACCAAUGAGGAAGUGAGCCAUGUCAGCUGGUUUGUGGACCUGCUUCAGUUAAGCAACUACUCCAUCACAUUUUUUGUCUAUUUCCUAUCCAGUCCAAAAUUUCGUCGACAGUGUCAAGUGCUGUGUGGCAAAGGAGUCACCUCGGCGCAAACCGAUGUCGCAUGUAUUUGACCGUGACGGUGCUAUAUUUCCAACAAAUUCAAGUGACUUUUACUUUGCCUCGAUUAAGUGCCUGGAACACAGUCCGGGAAGCAUUGAUAUGCUUUCGAUGAAAGGGAACCCCCAUAAUACUGUAGCCGUAGAAUCAUGUUCUACAGGUUGUCAUUGGUAACAACUCAACCGGAAACAGAAGCACCGCCUAUCUCAGUAGAAUUGUGAAUCCAUGUUAUCGGUUGUGAAGAAUUCUGAGAUGUUCUGACUUUUCUGGAUGUGAAAUCAGUAGACGUGCUCACGCUGCCUCGACCGGCAGACGGUUGACUUUCCCACAUGUUCUUGCUCUUGCCCUUGCUCUUGCACUUGCUCUGAUUCUGAUUAAAUUGAUGAUGAUGUUCCUGAAUUUGCGCGUUACGUAAGAUUGUGAUUUACUUAAGAUCUGGGUAAUUACCGACGAACCAUCGAACCUCGUUUUAUCGUGGUACGGGUGGAUUAACCCAACCCACUAGGGGCAGCUUAGAAGUUGUCAUUGCAUGGCGCUCCUGGGUGUCCUGACCAUCUAACCCAGUGAAUUCCAACGAACGCCCUUUCCGGAUCCGCUAAAACUAGCAAUACUUCUGCCAUCUAGCUGUGGUUUAUUAACAGUACCUCUUCCACCUUGCUAACCACACUUCCACCACAAUAACCGGCACCUAAUUUGAAGAAUACACAACCGGCUUCUGCGCAACAUCAACCUCGGACAAGUAUCCAGCCGGCAUAUUUCCUCCUAAAUCAGUCCAUCGGAAGUCCAACGACCGGACACCACCGCGGACAGUCCAGUUAUUUUAUUUGCACUGCACUACACCUACGAGUAUUCCCAACUGAUCGCAAUAUUUGUUGCCGACUUAGAAUAUCAGUUCUUUGGAUUUCCGCAUUUUAAACUACGAGUACAAGUACGCAUUCGUACCGUUUAACUAGUAACCUUACCACCACCGGAAGGAAGUACUUGCAUCAACCAUGCACACGAAGUUCACGAAAUUGCAACGUCAACUGUGAGGGAAACCAUCAGUAAAUCCUGCAGGAGCUGCCACUAAUGCAACAUUAACUACACCCAAAAGUCCACUGUGAGGGACCCCAGAACGCACUGCCAUCCUAUCCCCAGCACCAACGUGGACAACACUGACAGGAAUGCCCAAGCCAGCAUGGACUACAGCAGUACCGCCAUCCGCACCGCUGAAUUACAUACCCGGAAGUGUUGAAGAAGUAACUCAAUAACACGUGGGAGCAGCAACUUUCCAUCUGGAGCACCAACCCUCCUUCGAUUCCCCACGACUAGCACCUUACUAAUAGUAGAUCUAAUUUCCUGUUUCCUUAUUCGUUUCGUUACGUUUUUCUUUGAAUCUUGAUAAGACACGUAUAUCUUAUCGCCACUGUGAGGGAUGUAGCCGUAGAAUCAUGUUCUACAGAUUGUCAUUGGUAACAACUCAACCGGAAACAGAUGUACCGCCUAUCUCAGUAGAAUUGUGAAUCCAUGUUAUCGGUUGUGAAGAAUUCUGAGAUGUUCUGACUUUUCUGGAUGUGAAAUCAGUAGACGUGCUCACGCUGCCUCGACCGGCAGACGGUUGACUUUCCCACAUGUUCUUGCU